ACCCUCCCCAUUGGCCGGCGGCCGCGGCGCUGAGCCAAUCGCGCGGCGGGGCGUGGGCGGGGCAGCAGCCAAGAUGGAGGAGUACGCGCGCGAGCCCUGCCCCUGGAGGAUAGUAGAUGACUGUGGAGGUGCUUUCACCAUGGGAGCCAUAGGAGGUGGCAUCUUCCAGGCCAUCAAAGGGUUCAGGAACUCCCCAGUGGGGGUGAGCCACCGCCUGCGGGGCAGCCUGACCGCCGUCAAGACGCGAGCGCCGCAGCUGGGAGGGAGCUUUGCUGUCUGGGGAGGUCUCUUCUCCAUGAUUGACUGCAGCAUGGUGAGGAUGAGAGGCAAGGAGGAUCCCUGGAAUUCCAUCACCAGUGGAGCUCUGACUGGAGCCAUUUUAGCUGCAAGAAACGGGCCUGUGGCCAUGGUGGGCUCUGCUGCCAUGGGGGGCAUUCUGCUGGCACUCAUCGAAGGAGCUGGGAUCCUGCUGACGAGGUUUGCCUCUGCCCAGUUCCCCAACGGCCCCCAGUUAGCAGAGGACCCCUCCCAGCUGCAGCCCACUCCCUUCAGCGACUACCGCCAGUACCAGUGACGCUCUCCUGGCUCCUGCUGCCCCUGGGCUGAGAUGCCAACUGCUGGAGGACACAGCUGCACUGCUGCCUUGGCAGCCCACGGCCAGGACCUUCAGCUCUUCUCAGUGCCAGGCUGGGCAGGGACUAAGGAGAUCCCAACCUAUUUAUUCCCCCUGGCCCCCAGUGCUGCAGUGUUGCCACCUGGCUGGGUGAAUACAGGAAGGUGCCAGACAAGG